UUUGCUCUCGAAAGCACACUAUAUAUACUUCUCUACCUACUGAAGGGAAGAAGAGGAAGAGGAAGGAAGGAAGGAGGAAGCAGAAAAAAUAAACAAGGUGGUUUUUCUUGACUUCCAAUUCGGGAAAGGAAAAAAACGCGCUAAUCGACGAAAGGGAACCGAUAGGAAAAAAGCUAAAGGGUUUUUUUCCGGACAUCACUCGAGAGAGAGAAGUAGUAGACAAAGAAGAAGAGUGGAAGUGAAAUAAGAACAAGAAUAAAAGAUGGGAACAGCGCAGAGGAGGAGGACGAGGCAAGCGAAGAAGAGAGACAUCGAGAGAGAUGAAGAGAAGGGAAAAGUUCAACACGGCAGAAUGAAGGCACCAGCAGCUAUGCCGGAGGAGAAGGGGGGCAAGGGUGAAAAUGGGGUUGGGGCGGAGAUGAAGAUGGGAUCUCCAAGCAAAUCUCCAUCCAAGGCGCCGAGGGGCAAGAUGGUUCUUGCCCGCGUCAAACUCCUGGAUGGCACGGAGAGCGAAGUAGCUGUGGAGAAAAAGGCAAAGGGAGAGGACUUGUUGUGUGGUGUUGCUGAGCAGAUCAACCUUUUGGAAAAGGACUACUUUGGCCUCAGCUUCAUCGACCACAACAACGCGAAGACGUGGCUUGCUCCUGAGAAACGCAUCUCCAAGCAAGUCAAGGGACCCUGGGAAUUCAAUUUUGAAGUCAAGUUCUAUCCUCCAGACCCAGCACAACUUGCAGAAGACAUCACAAGAUACCAGCUGUGCCUUCAGGUACGACAGGAUAUCUUGACCGGGAAGUUACCGUGUUCUUUCGUCACACACGCCCUGCUAGGCUCGUACAUGGUUCAGGCCGAGGUUGGCGAUUAUGAUGCAAAAGAACACAGUUCCACAAACUACCUCUCUGAAUUUACUUUUGCCCCAAAUCAGAAUGCUGAACUGGAAGAGAAAGUGGUUGAUUUACAUAAAACACAUAAAGGUCAGACACCAGCUGAGGCAGAGCUGCAUUACCUUGAAAACGCCAAGAAGUUGGCCAUGUAUGGGGUGGACAUGCACCCGGCAAAAGAUUCAGAGGGAGUUGAUAUCCUGCUUGGUGUUUGUGCUUCAGGGCUUCUUGUGUAUAGAGAUAAGCUUCGUAUCAACCGCUUUGCGUGGCCUAAAAUUCUUAAAAUAUCCUACAAACGAAGUAAUUUUUACAUCAAAAUUCGACCUGGUGAAUUUGAAACUUACGAGUCCACCGUAGGUUUCAAGAUGCCCAACCAUAAAGCAGCUAAAAGAUUAUGGAAAGUCUGUGUUGAAAACCAUACAUUCUUUAGAUUAAUGACGCCAGAACCACCACAGAAACAGGGGCUUUGGCCUCGCCUAGGUUCUAAGUUCCGCUACUCUGGCCGCACACAAUACCAGUCUCGGAUGGCUGCCAACCUGAGUGACCGAAACAACCCCGAGUUUGAACGAACCUUGAGUCGCAGAAAGCUCUCCUCCAGAAGUAUGGAUGCCCAAAAGAAUACUUGCAACCUGUCGCAGGGGCCUGCCCCACAAACAGCUCUUGGAACUCGAACUGGAGAGACACCAGAGAUGUCCAAGAGACAUACCAUGUCUCAUCCACCGCCUCACAUUCCGGGCUUGGAAGAUGCUCCCGGGAAGGAUUCCAUUAAUCGCCCCGAGAGCGGUCAGGAAACUCCCACAGCGGAGGAACGCACCCCAGAGAAGAAAGAGAAGAAGCGGAGAGUUAGCAAGAGCAGCGGUGCGUCCUCAGUAAGCUCUGUCAGUUCUGACGAAGGAAACUUUGAACCGCCACCCGGGGACAAGUCUAAGGAUGUGGACUUGUCUGCUGGGGCACUACAAUCCCUGAGAUCCGAGAUGGACGAAUGGUUGGAUCAGUCGAGGUCCGAGACAUUUCCAACCAAUGGCCUGUCAGACCUGUACCACGUUCCCUUACACAGCACGCUAUCCUCACCUGCACGAAAGCCUGUAGGUGGCGUUGCCGUCUUACCCAUGGCCGAUCUCAUGAAGGCAACGAAGAAGAGAGCAGAGAAGAUAGCUCUGGCCGAAGAGGAGGCAGCGGCGGCAGCAGCAGCUAAAAAUGGUGCCCCUCCAUCCUCCACCCCUCCUCCUGGCUACAAAACGAUGGAGAGCCAGAAACCAGGCACAGAUAAAGGCAGUGUGUGUGAGGCUGGCGACCCCCUGGUGAAAACGCAUCGGACAGUGUUCCACGACCCCGCGGCCAAUGACCCGACGGGCUCUCCUCCGUUUACCAGGCAGUACUCCUACGAAGAGCUCGAGUCAGAACCGAGGAGGCCGUACAGUCCGACCACCCACGGUUUCACGUACGACAAAAGUGGCGGAGACGGCAGCCAGCUCAACAAUGAUCCACAUUCUAUAGAGAUCAGAAGAGCCCAAGCUCAUGCUUUCAAUUACGCCCCGGGGGAAGAUCAGAAGGUGGCCGAAACGGCGGAGAAAAGGAAAACGAGCAAACUGGGAGCUGAAGAAGACAUUGUGGCAGCUACAAACCAAAGGAAGUUGGAGGCAGCAGCCUCUGGCAACGAGAGCCAGUUAUCUUCACCAGACAACACUUUGCCUGAAACGUCGGUUGACGACACAACCAUAAAUACUUCAGCCGACUCCACAGGGUUAAUCGCUGGCUUCUUGGGUGGGAGGAAAGGCAAAAAAGAUAAAGACAAGAAAGCUGGUGAUAAGAAGAAAGAUGCUGAUAAAGAAAAGGCAAAACUGGAGAAAAAGAAGGACAAAGAUAAGAAAGGAAAAGAUAAGAAAGACAAGGACAAUAAACUGAAAGGCAAGGAAAAGAAAGACAAAGAUAAAGACAAGAAGGAAGGAAAAGAUAAGGACAAGAAAGACAAGGGAAAAGAUAAAAAAGACAAAGCAAAAGACAAAGGUAAGAAAAAAGGAAAGUUCGGCAUCUUUGGCGGAAGAGACCGCAAAUCCUCCACAAGCAGUAGCAGCAGCAGCAGCAGCAGCAGUAGUGACAGCUCCUCGUCCGACAGCUCUGACGACAGCUCCGACGAGAGUGUGGUCAUUGAGACUCGAGAGGGGAACGAGCCCAGGGACAUCGACGAGUCCCUCAUUGCCUCUGACAGGUCGUACAUGGCCGACCACUCCAACACGUCGCUCAUUGUAAACCCAGCUGUGACCACUAGUGAUAUAUCCUACACAGCAGAUCACUCGUCUUCAGAUAUCACCGUUAAUCCGUCCAUUGUUGCGAGCGUCCAGGAAAAUGAAAACGAAGCCUCCACCGUUCCCAAGAUAAUCAAAACGACGACAAAGAAAACCUUUGUGCAGGACGCUGAAGGUGUCUCGGAGGACAUCAUUCAGAAAGUGGAAGAUUUGGGAACAGGUGAAGUGUCCCUGAACACUCAGAGCCAAAAGGCAGAGCAUGCUGAGGGUGACAGUGGAGAGAAGCCACAUGUCGUGGCUACUACUGUCACUACCAUCACUGCACAGAGCCUCGAAGAUAAGAGUACUAAGGAGAGAACCCAGCAAGUAGCAGAAAAGACCUUCACUUCUACAACCAUGACAACCGGAACAACCGAAGAGAAAACCGUUGUCACCCAAGAAGUGAAGAAACAGUCGCGCUCCAUUGUACCAGACAAUGCUGCUACACAGUCCGUCAUAAGAGGUGAGGGAGGCCAUGCCAGAGCCCCCUAUUACCCCCAGCCCGACUAUGCCCGUGCUCGCACUAUCUCCAGUGGCAGCGAUGACUCCGGAACCUCAGUUGACCCCCUUGAUUCUGAUUAUGAUGUUGUCAACAAGGAUGGUAUUGUCCCCACCGAGGCACAAGUUUUUGAUGCCAGCGGCUAUGAUACCUCCACCAUAAGCAUGGAGGCUCCCCCGCUUGUGGAAACUGAAUCUCGCAAGGUGUCUGUGCUGGGAUUGGAAGAUGGUGUUGAAGAAAAUGCCGUGAUCAUCAGCUCUCAGGCCAUCACCUCCCGAACUCGCACUGUAGAGACCACCACUUACAAAACAGAGCGGGAUGGUAUACUAGAGACGAGGGUGGAACAAAAGAUCACCAUUCAGAGUGAUGGUGAUCCCAUUGACCACGACCGUGCACUGACCGAAGCCAUCCAGGAGGCUACGCGUAUGAACCCUGACAUGACUGUGGAGAAAAUCGAGAUCCAGCAGCAGUCGACGGAGUGAAGAGGUUCGAGUGUUACAUAGAGAUUGUUAUUUCCACGAGCCUUGCUGGGAAAUCGACACAUGGCAACACCUCCAAGAUGUGCAAAUUUCUAGAUUAUUGGACACCAGUGUGCUAGUUUGUUAGCCGUGUACCAUGGUGAAGUAGUCAUAAAGAAUUCUGUUUCUAUCACUUGGUUGUAUUUCUCCAUUGCCAACCUAGUCUGGACAAGUCAGGCUUUCUUAGCAUAGAAUAUGUUUCUGUUUUUCGUACACCCACUUUUUAGUUGAAGACCGUGCUUGCAAACUUACCGAGAAGGUGUAAGCUCUGUAUAGCAAGAAGGUGAUUGUUGUAUCUAUUCGUAACAUUGUUGGUAGUUUUUUAAAACUGACCAUUCAGGCAAUCAUUUAAAGCCACUAAAUUUUUUGUACUGAUAAGCUGUGGUCACUAUAUUUCUAAAAUAAAAGAUGCAUACUUGAUCUGUAGGUAGCAUACUGGAUAGCUCGUUUUCAGUGACGAACGGAUUUUUUUCUGUAGCACCUUUUUGUUAUCCUUUCAUCAGCAGGGCUUUUAAUUUUCUUUUUUUACAAACAUGAGCAACACCUGAAGUUCCGAGGUAAACGUAAUAGUUUUGUUUGUGAUAACCGUUUGUAAGGUGGAAUGCAACCAGUUUGUAUAUUUAUUUCAGCUAUGUAAUGAGUGGGGACCCGUGCAAAAGGCAAGUGAAAAAGAAACUAGAGUAUAUCCUGGUCUUUCUGUGUGUCUUGGUUGGUGGUGAAGAAAAUUCAAAACUUGAAAACUCACAGUACUUUCUAGAUUUCCCUGAGCUCAAAUAACAUUAACUGCCUGACGGAGGACGAAAAACAUAACCUUAUCCCAGUAGCUUAAGAAUACGGUAGCUUUAGUCCUACGGUAAUUGAGGUCUCUCGACUAAUUCCUUGAGGUAAAAAUCAUAAGUUGGCAGCUACCGGUUAACCUUAACUAUUGUAGCUUGCAGUUACCAUGUUCAGAUAGUCUAUAAGCACUUUCGAAUAAGUCUGUGGCAUUGCAAUUAGUACAUACAUAUAUAUUAACACUGGAAUUAUAAUGUAUUAAGAAUGUUAUUGAAGUUAUACAGUUUUAGAUAUAAUAAAGAAAAUUGUUGAAAAACUACUUGAAUUAUCAGGUGAUAUUUCCAAGGGCAGGUAUAGGUUAGUAUCAUGAGAGGUGAGUGUUUUGUGAUAACUGAAUGAAUUCCAAUCCAAGGGAAUUUGUUCACAUAUGAAAAUAUUGAAUAUUUUUUGAAAUGUAAGCAAAGAGGCAAGACUAGCAGAGCUACUGAGAGCAUAUUCGUUUCUGUAUGCUGGUGUUGCCUUACGCGUAUAGACUUUACAGUUCUAAGAGUUGAUAGUUCUUAAGUUGUCUUGCAGCAAAGACAACCUUGGUAAUGACGUUGAAAAGGCUGUCCAAUUUUCUUUGUAGUUAUUUUGUGUUUCCUAACUGCCAUCGAAAUGGUAAAGGUAUAACAUUCUGUUAUAUAUAUAUAUUAGUCCAUUGUCUCUUAACUGAGUUCAACAGUGUAUGAUGCAAGAUGGUUUGAUGUAAUGAGCUAAUCAUUUUUUGUUUGUGUAUGCAAUUCAUAUAUAGUUUCUUUCAGUAUGUGAAACGAUGCAUGUUAUGAUAAUAGGCUUCAGCUCCUGUGAUGAUUCAGCUUGGCAGUAUUUUAACAAAACAUAAAAAAAAAAUUGAUCAGUGAUAUAGCCUUGUAGUUAUUUGUAAGGAGGAAUUUUCAUCCCAUGUAUGGAAGUCAAGCUUGCUGUCUUGCAACGUUUUCAUAUCGUAAUGAGCAUCUAAGCUCAUAGGUUCACGGCUUUGAAAGAAAACUAUAAAAAAAAAUAAAUAGAUCUUCCUGGUUGCCGUAAAGGGCUUUCUUUUCCCGGAUGGAUGAAAAUUAUGCUAGAUUGGAUGGACAUGACAACAGAAUGUUUAUCAUACCCAGUUGGGAGGGAUUUGGGGUCUACACAAAUGAAAGCAUUUUUGGAAUCCCCUAAGACCUGCCUUUACACAUCUUUGUUGCUGGAAAUGUGAAGGGUUAGAUUAUCCUCCUCUUGUAGCUGUUUCUUAGCAUGUGAUCCUGGCGAUUACUGCUUGCAUUGUUUUUUAGGGAGCUAAAAGUAUCGUGCAAUACGAGUGACAGCUGAAGACGCGGUUCUUCUACUCUUUCAAUUCUGGUCAGAGCAACGAGGUUAGUGUUAAACUACCUUUAGGAAUGGUAGCAUCAUGAAAGUGCCUCAGCCAACGUUGUCUUUGUCAGAAAUAGGCUAAAAAUUACUGUAAAAUUAUGUAUGUACUGGAAAGGUGUUGUUUUAUUCCCAUGCUGUAUGUAGUUAUGGGCAGGUUUUUUUUUUUUUUUUUUAUACCCAUGCUCCAUAAUUUUUUUUUCUUUAGUUAUUUAUUCUUAAAUAUAGAACUUGCAGAAUGUAAAAAUAUAUUGAGAUUGUAUAUAUUAUCAUCAUUAUUAUUAUCAUUAUAUUUCUGCUAUAGCAAAGGGCUUUAUAAUUUUUAGACCUAAGCUGCUUAAUAAUACUGUCUAGGUCAAGUUUAGCAAAACUAAAUAGUUGAUUAACAUUGCUUUGGAUCAUCUGAAGGUGGCUGGGUUGUUACUUUGGCCGGGAAUUUGUUUUUCUUGGCCGCACUGAAAUUUAUAUCAAAUUUAACAUAACAUGUCAGGUUGUUUUAAGAGGAAAUACAAUGUUGAGUAGGAGUAACUCUCGCGUUUAUAUCUAUCAGAUUUCAUUGACCUUACACAGAGUUUUGAAUAAUCACCGUAUAAAGUAAGUGUGGGAAGCAGCAGUAGAAAAGUAGUUUUGUUUCCCAAUUAUUUAUAGACAUUAUUACCCUCUUAUUUUCGUACUACUUGAAACAACGGCAUGCGGCGGUUUGCGGUUACAUUAAGUUCUUCCCUUGGUUGCGUUCUUGGAAAGCAACUCGAGUUUAACACGUGAGAUUAUAGAUAUCAGAAAAGGCCAAAAUAGUACAAGGUAGGUAAGGAAGUCGCUUCUUAGAAGUCGACGAAAAAUGGGAUUUGUUAGGAUGUUGUAUGUCUUUGUGCGUGCACCAUGUAAGUGCCUACUUUUACUCCCAAAAGAAGCGUCCUUGAGCGAGGAAGAAGUAUGGAAGAAGUUUUGAGACUUCUUCACGAUGAAUAUUCACUUUAAGGCCGAUGCAUACAGCGGGAACAUUUAUUACCUGUGAAUUGUGAUGAGUACCUGCCUGGUGUGAGGGGACAAGAUUUUAUUAAUACUAAAGGGUUAGGUUGGUGGCACAUUCAUAAUAUAUCUGUGGACCAGUUUGUUUUCCUAUCUUCUUUACACGCUGUCCUUAGCCAAUCAUCAUCCUCACAUAUUUCCACUUAUUUUAAUACUGUUAGUUCUUCUACUAAUAUGUUUAGGAUUUGGUUGAAAGGCUUUAUUCCUUAUAAAAGAGAAAGAGGUCAGAGUUGUAUAUUAUGCAAUGAACAUAGUAAAAGGUGCUUCAAGACCAUAAUGGACUCGCCUCCGUGGCACACGAGGAAAGGGUGACGAAACCGCCACUGUCUCAUGAAACUGAAGCGAAUUCAGCAGCUUAAAAGAACAAACCUAUAUUAGGUUUGUAUACACCCUCUUUACUAAAUUACUUGUGGCAACAAUUCCCUUUGCUGGUGCAAGAAUUUAUCAGUAUCAGGAGAUGCGUUCUUUAUGGUGGUGGAGCCGAAUACCUAGGUAGUAAAACCAUGAGUGGAAAGCUUUCAAUACUGCUGUGCUCUGAGGGAGGGAGGGGUCGCAUUUUUCCUGCAUAAGUAGACACAGUUUUGUCUUUCUCCCAUUGUGAAUCUUACGGAAGUACUUUUUUAUAUCAAGCUAGAAAUGCUCCCGUGCGGGGCUGUACAUUUUGAGGGAUGACUCAUAACCUCAGGGUUAUGGUCGUGAUUUCUCUUGCCUUAGGACAGUGUUCCAGUAUGAUUGCUUUUCCACAAUCACUGUAAUUGAACUUUGUAUUCUGUGUUUGUGCUUGAACGAUUGUAGAUUACUAAGUGUGUGCUUGCGUGCAUGAGGUUGAAAUGGCAAUUCCACACAGAAACAAGGGCCAUGAAAAGGGUAUGUGUGUGUGUGUGUGUUUGAAUAGCCCAAGCACUGACCUAGAAUAUGAAGUAUAUCUGUAGAAUCAAAGUUUAUUUUCAAUUUAAAAGUAGCUUAGGUUUGGAAAUGAGGCAGCGCAGUGAAAGUGCCAGCACGCAGCUUCCUAACAUUGCUACAACUCUCUCACUUGAAAGCGUGCAGCGACUCCAGAUGUAAUUAGCUUUAGCCCAGAACUUGGUAGUAUUUGCAGAAUUGCAUGAAUUUAUUUUUCACUUGAUCAAAUAUGAAAGUAACAAGAAUCUCAUUAAUCAUGUGCACUUAAUAUUUUUCACUCAGCUGUACUCAUUUUCAUCAUACUAUAUCAUUUUUGCUAAAUAAUUAUAUGACCUUUGUGAACUAUGAACGAGUGCAGCUUUCAACACAGUUGUUGUAACAUUUUUCUUUCAAAAAAUAAAUGUUAGGUAAGUUGA